AUGAAGCUCAAAUAUAUUUCAAGUGGAAUUUUAAUAAUAACCAGUUUAUUUGGAAAUUCUUAUCAAGUGCAAUUAGCUUCAGGUACUAAAUUUGAAUCUCCCAUUGAAAGUGCAAAAGGAGUACUUAGUGGAGUUGUUGAAUCCAUUAAAAAUGGGCCAAUUGGAGGUGCACUUAUGAUUCCUAAAGAUAGAUUACAAGGACCUUAUGAUGAUUUAUCUGAAGACUUAAAUACAGCAACAACUGAUAUUAAAUUAGAAUAUGAAUCAGCAAAAAGGAGAAUUUCCAAGUUUAGAGAUGAGUUAAUGGGCCCUGUUAACGAGGUAUUAGAAACUAAGACAGCCAGUAAGACUCAAUUAAUGAGCAGAUUGGAGUAUGUUGGAAAAUUACUUAGAGCAGCCUAUGACCAAGCUCAUCCAGAUAAGGCUGGUUUACCAAUUGUAUUGGUACAAAAGACAUCAGCUGAUGAAAUGUUAUAUCCACCAGAAGGAUCAGAGCUAUCGGAUUGUGCAGCAUCUGUUUUAGAAGAUGCUGAUGAAGAAAUUGAAUUAUUGAGCUCACCAGAUGUUACAAACCAAAAUGAUAUUCUUGAUCAAAUGGAUGAUCAAGAAAGAUAUGCUUAUAGUUCAAAAAUGGCAGAAUUCUUUGAUCAAAAAGCUACUGCUCUUAAAGAAGAACUUUCUAAUUCCUUAAAUGUUUGGGUUAACAAUCAACUUAUUCCAAAAAAUACAUAA